CAGCAAAGAGACUUCGGCAUCUGAAGUCUCUGAGCAACACUGGCUCUCUGUGCAGCUCCAGCUGAUCGUGAAGCUUGCUGGUCACAAGUUUGGGUGUGAGCAUUGCAAGAUCAAGCCGUGCUACGUCGGCGGAAGCGAUGCGUCGGGUCGAGCUGCGUUUCCUUGACGCGAUCGUUCUGAUGCUGACCAGCGGGAAGCCUGGUUAUGACCGCGCGGCAGCUUUCGAUCGAUAUUUCCGAGGGACGGUACUCGUGCUUUCAAAGAAGGGCAUUGCAAACAGCAGAGACAGGUGUGUUGCGACGGACCUCGUUCAUGCCAUCGCCGAAGCCAAGGAUGCAGCCGCUAUCCUGCCGGUCGUUCCUCCCUAUUAUUGCUAUAUCGAAAUGCAAGAGCGUAUCGAUAAGCUGCACGAAUGCAUUGCCCAAUUCCUUGCUGUAUCCGAAAUGGCUGUGGCGCAAUCUCGAGGGGUGCCACAAGUCGAAGAGGAGAUAGAUGCCGAAAGCCUGGCUCACUAUGUUGCGAGAGUACGAUAGUCUCUCAGUAAUACCUACCGAGAUCGCCUUGCCACACUCUCCCUGCAAACCAAAAUCAUUCUGGGCCCCAAGAACAAAUCCUCAUCCUUGCAGGCGUACAU